CGAGUUCCGGCGUUUACUUUGACGUCGUUAGGAUUUUAGAGGCGGUGCAGCUACGCGCUCCGUUGAAUCUUCCCCCUUUCCUAUUUCUUCUCUUUUUCGCUUUUUAGUCGCGAUUUCGUCGGCGGAUCCCAGAGCUGGAAGAAGAAUUGAGAUGGCGGAGCAGGAGGAGAUGAAAGGCGGAGAGGUUAGGCAGGAGAAGGCGGCAGGCGAGGCGGAGGCCGUCGCCGUCGCCGUCGAGCUCACGGCGCCCGCGGGUUGGACCAAGAAGUUCAUGCCGAGUGAGGGUGGAACACCAAGAAGGAAUGAGAUUGUUUUCAUAUCACCAACUGGUGAGGAGAUUAAAAACAAGAGGCAGUUACAGCAAUACCUGAAGGCACAUGCUGGCGGCCCGCCUUCAUCUGAAUUUGACUGGAGAACUGGUGACACUCCAAGGCGUUCAGCCAGAAUCAGGGAGAAAACCAAGGCUGUCGAGACCCCAGAAGAUGAAAAGCCUAAAAAGCGAGAAAGAAAAUCAAGCUCAAUGAAAGAAGCCAGGGAGAAGGAUGCUGAAGGAGAUGAAGCUUCCCCUAUGAAAGAGGAGGGUGCUGUCGCAGAAGCUAAAGAGGAUGUUACCAUGCAAGAAGUUGAAGUACCUGCUGAUUUCCAAACUCAAGUAGGUGAUGAGGCAAACGAAGUCAUAGAUGAAAUACCUGUUGAUGUCGAAACUAAAGUAGAUGAUGGUGCAAACAAAGUCAUAAAUGAAGUGCCUGCUGAUGUCGAGACCAAAGUAGAUGGUGAUGCAAACGAAGUCAAAGAUAAAGUGCCUGCUGAUGUCGAAACCAAAGUAGAUGGUGAUGAUGCAAACAAAGUCAAAGAUGAAGUGCCUGCUGACUUUGAAACCAAAGUAGAUGGUGAUGCAAACAAAGUCAAAGAUGAAGUGCCUGCUGAUGUUGAAACCAAAGUAGAUGGUGAUGCAAAAGAAGCCAUAGCUGAGGCUGUUGCUGCUGGGGAAUCACCGAAUGAAAAGAAAGAUUCUGUCCUGGAAAGCAAUGGAAGUGCCGACAAUAAAACUGAGGCCGUUUCAGAGAAUCACAAAGAAGUGACACCUGAAGUUGUACCUACUGCACCUGUAGCAGAGAAACAUGAUGGAGAGUUUUCAACAGGUAAUAGCAAGCACAAGGAAGAUGCAGAAGCUGCAGUCAUGUCGGAGCCCCCUUCGACCAGUUGUGGGGAAGCUCAGCAUCUGCCAAAAGCUUCUCCUGUUAACUGCUAAAACUUAGAUAUUCAGCCAUACUGUGACCCGUCACGCCGCAUCCUUUGUGAAACUUUUUUUUCUUCUUCUGGACUGAUGAACUUAUUGACAGCUAGAGUUGAGUAGUCUAGCUGCUCCCAAUAACUUGUAUUGUAUUGAAUAGCUGAGACAUGUUGCCAUGCAAAGUAACAUUUGAACAAGUUCUUGUAUUAUUCACUAUUAAUGUAGGACCUAAUCCUUGACAAAUUA